AUGCACGCCGUGCUGUUUUUCGACGCCAAGAAGAAUCCCAUCACCGUCAACCUCUCGAAAAAGGGCGACAAGCUCAGGGACGAGCUCGAGGCGGCCAUCAAGGCCACCACGUUCCUGCAGAACAAGGGCAGCUGCGCCACCAUCAAGAUCGGCUACAUGGCGAGUCACACCCCCGAGCAGUUGGCCGAGAACGUAGUUGCGGCGCUGCCCGCGGUGCUGAGCAGGGUCAAAGGUGGGUGGGAGAACGUGCACAACAUCGAUGUCAAGACGGGCAACAGUGCCGCGCUGCCUGUGUGGAACGCCAAGCUGGGCGUCAAGACCCACGUCACCCCCUCCUCCCCGGCGGCCAAGCGUGGGCUUGAGGUGGAAGAGAAGGAGGCAGUGCAGACGCCGUCCAAGAAGACAGCCGUGGCAAAGAGCCCAGUGAAGAAGGUCCAGGAGGAGGAGAGCAGCAGCAAGGUCAAGUCGCCGAGUCCGAGGAAGACCCGUUCGGCCGCUGUUGCAAAGGCCGGUGCUGCCAUCGAACAGGCGGCUACACCCGUCAACGGUACGCCCAAGAAGACCGCCUCGAGCAUUUCCAGGAGCGCCCGUAAGGUCAAGUAG